GAGUGGGCAGGGGCGCGGGAAGGAUUUGCAGCGGGAGUCCACCGGGCACCCCUCCGCCGGUGUCCAUGAGACGCGAGAGGCGAGAGUUCCGCGGAGGGGAGCCAGAGCAGGGGGAGUCUGCGUGGGCGAGAGAGGGCCCCGUCUCCUGCUCUGUACCCGCCCCACUCAGGAAAAGGCCACUAUCACGUGUCUGAGGCCCGCCUCGGCAAGAAUCCGUGGGAGCGGGCUGGAGGGCAGGACUGCUUAUCCCCCCAGGCCCGGGUCUGGGCAGGACCGGCCCACAGCCAGAACUCAGGGCACCACUAGCUUGCCUGCUCCUAGCCAGACCCCCCAACCAGUAGACGCCCUGCUCAUCCCACUCAGAGGUUGGGAGUGCAGGCACACAGUCGGUCUACAAGCUUGCCUGACAGCGUCAGUGGCUUCAGACCGACGGGGAGCAGGGGUGUGAUGCGGGCUGGGCAGCCCAUAACCCCGCUCCACGCACUUGCCCCGCAUUGCAGCCACCAUGGAGCCAGGCAGCAUGGAGAACCUGUGUGUCCUGUACCGGAGCCGUGACUUCCUGGUGGUGAACAAGCACUGGGACGUACGCAUCGACAGCAAAGCCUGGCGGGAGACGCUGACCCUCCAGAAGCAGCUGCGGCACCGCUUCCCGGAGCUGGCCGACCCCGACACCUACUAUGGGUUCAGGUUCUGCCACCAACUGGACUUCUCCACCAGCGGGGCACUCUGUGUGGCUCUGAAUAAGGCGGCCGCAGGCAGUGCAUACAGGUGCUUCAAGGACCGGCGAGUCACCAAGGCUUAUCUGGCUCUGGUGCGGGGGCAUGUCCAGGAGAGCCGGAUGACCAUCAGCUACGCCAUCGGCAAGAACAGCACAGAAGGCCGAACCCACACCAUGUGCAUUGAAGGCACACAGGGUUGUGAGAACCCAAAACCAAGCCUCACAGAGCUGGUGGUCCUGGAACACGGGCUGUAUGCAGGUGACCCAGUCUCCAAAGUGCUGCUGCAGCCCCUCACAGGCCGGACGCACCAGCUGCGCGUGCACUGCAGUGCCCGUGGCCACCCCAUCGUGGGGGACCUGACCUACGGCCAGGCCUUGGGCCAGGAGGACCAGCCAUUCCGUAUGAUGCUGCACGCCUUCUACCUGCGCAUCCCCACAAGCGCCGAGUGCGUGGAGGCCUGCACGCCCGACCCCUUCGUGCCCGCCCUCGACGCCUGCUGGAGCCCUCAUACCCUGCUGCAGCCACUGGACGAGCUCGUCCAGGUCCUGCGGGCUGCCCCAGACCCUGACCUCUCAGAAGGAGGCCCCGGGCCCUGCAGCCCCUGCACGCCCCUACCUGGGCCAGGCCGGCCCCCCCCACCCCCCGAGACAGAGGUGCAGCGGGCCUCCUGCCUGCAGUGGCUGUCGGAGUGGACGCUGGAGCCAGACAACUGAGAGCAUCAUGCUAGGACGGGAACAGCAGGCUGGGACCCUGCAGGGCCGGCUGCUGGUCAGAGCCCUGGACAGUCCGUGCUACGGCCAGGCCUAGAGCUGGGCAGCUGUGAUCACAGAGGACAGGACUCUUGGGCUGUAAGACCCACGCUGGCCUCCAUCCCCACACUGCUCUCCAAAUGGCCUCAACAGCGCCUCCCUGGUUCUAGAGCCUCAGCUCCAGGGACUGACUUGUAGACAUGAUUGGGGUCAACGUGCAAGAGGCAGAGCCAGGACCUGGGCCAGCCUCAGGUGGGCUCCUUCUGGCCCCCUCGCCCACCCCCCAGAGCACUCUGCUGCAUACUGCUCUGCCUGGACCUCCGUGCCCGCAGGGUCCUCCGUCUGCAGACCUUGACACCCUGACCCCCGCCCCCUGCGCCAGGCUGGUCCUACCUUGUGCCUUCGCUUUUGCCAGAUUCUGGCCCCCCCACUCACAUACUGAGCGUCUCGCGUGGAAGUGGGUGUGGGCCACACACGUGCCAUCAGCCCCCCAACCCCAACCACGUGUCAUUCCUGCAGGCCUGCCCUGAGCGUUGCCCCAUGGGGUCUUCCAGGCCCCUAGUUGCAGCCGCUGCCUCCACCGCCUGCCUGACAGUCCCCAGGCAGGACCUCCGCCUGGAGCCAGGGGAGCCAGGCAGUCCGUCCAUCCCAACAACACGGCCCAGCUGCAGGCCCAGCUGGGCUCUGAAGAUGGAGAAUAAAUGCUCAGCGACAGCCUGCAA